AUGCCGGUGCAUCCCGCUGUUCAGUCGCUGUGUGAACAGCCCAUCGACACGAUUGGACUGACAGCUGUCUCUGCAGUUGCCUCCGCCCUCGGAGAUGUGUCGACCGCCACAGAUCUUAUCCAGCGACCUGAGCAGGAGAAGGCGCUGCAGGAUCUCCUGAAGAAGUGCAUGUCGAUCUUGAACAAUGACGGCAAAAACUUUGCGCUUCGACUGGCGUGCCUGGAGUGUCUGUACGUACUCUCUCAACCCCCCAUCCCGGCAUUUCGGACGGGGCUGCUGUGCAACGCACUGAGCAGCGUGAACAGCAGCGUGGAGGAGAUGCUGGCACGGACGGGAUCAAGCGGGGCUGAGAGCCCCUCCUCGGCUCGUGAAAUGUUCACGGUGCUGGUCUUUCGCUUCACCAACUACGACACAAAGGUAGCUCGGCUGCUGCUGCAGCACAUGUGCGAUGGCGACGUCGGCACGAUGAUGCAGACGCUCCUCCAUGUCAUGGUGCAGCAUUGUGAGACAUGCGAGUGGCCACUGCUGCAGGCGGCGUUGCAGUCUCUCUACGAGCUGACGGUGCCGACUACCUACUACACCACCGGCGAGGACGGCGCCGCCGUGCCGAGUCGCGACUUUGGCGCGAGAGCGGCCGGUAGUUCGCUGCAGAGCUUCACGGUGGAGAGCUUCCAGGACAGGAUUGCUGUGUUGUUCACGGAGAUGCGCAACCACCGACUGCUGGAGAAGCUGCUGGGGUCGCUGCGCUUGUCGUGGCAUGAGUCCACCCACAACCGCAGCCCGCCGUCGCUUGCACAAGGAUACGCGGAGUCGGUCGCUCUUGGAGCCCUUGGCCGCCCUGACGUGGCGCACACCGUCACCAGCGCCAGCGCGGAGCAGCAGAUGGAGUUGCUCAACUGGCUCUCCGCCUUUACGCUGCUAUGCCGGGCACUGGACAACAUGGCCGAGUUCUGCCGGGACGCGAAGCUCUCACGGGAGAUGCGGGCCCGGCUGCUGAGCGACCCCAACUGCCAUGACUGGCUUGCGUCCGCGGCCGUGCCGGCUGUCGUUGCAGCUAUACAGGUGUGGAUGUCCUACAACGGCGCCAGCGCCACGCCCGCAACGAUCCGCGACGGCAGCGCAGGCCCCUUCGCGACGGCCAAGGUCAAACUCAGCUUGCUGACGGCAGCCGUCACGCUCCUGCGCCUGCUGCGAUUUGCCCUAUACAAGCCAGCUGUGGGCCUCACCGCAGCGCUGCUCUCCUCGAUGGCGUGCCUCGCAGCGCAAGUGCAGCGCGGGGAGCCACAUCUGCGUCUGCAGUACGGCGGCUUGCAGGUAAUGCUCUUGACGGUCGAGUGCCUCGUGAACAUGAACGCGGUGGCGGUGACCAGCCCCGUGAACCUCUCAGAGUCGUACCGUGGGCUGCUGCGCACCAUUGCAGCGGACAAGACUCGCUGUACCUUAUCGAACUGCUCCAGGGACGCAAGCAGCGGCCACGGGGCGGCCGCGGAGCCGCAGCCGGAUGCACUGAUGUCAGUCGCUGGAUGGUUCAUCCUGUGCGUGCGCGAGGAGGAGUCCCCGUUCUGUGUGAUGGACAGCGGCAAUGCAUCCGUGGCGCUGCUGCACGAGUGCUUCGCGUCAGAGGAGGCCAUGCUGCAGGACGCGGCAGACCGCGUUGCUGACCUUGUUGCGCUCGAGUCGCAGCUGGCGAUGAUGCAGAACCUCUUGCUUUUCAUGACACUGACAGAGCUGCUGAGUGGACUACCCGAUGGCGGGCUGGAGCGGUUGACGCAAGCUGGUCCGCGCAGGCGCAACGACGCGACAGACGCGCAACAGAUGCCACCGAACAGCAGCGGCAGCUCGUCAAAGAGGUGCAAGCCUUCCAAGAAGAAAGGAUCACACCACCCCGCGGCGUACGUGUGCGACUUGACGGGAAAGCUGAUGCGCGAACCGGUGGUGCUCAAGGGAGGGCACCGAUUCGAGUUCGACGCACUGCAGAACGUCAUCCUUCAGGUCGGGCACGUCGACCCCAUCUCUGGAGAGUCUAUCGACGAAGACGUCGAGGUGAACAUCCCACUGCAGCAGGAGAUUGCGGCCUAUCGUGUCAAGCGCGCAUCCGAAAAGGGAGGCGGUUGA